UGCUUGAGGCUAAACCUGGGUAAACAUUUGCAGAAAAUAACCAGAGGAAUGCAAACAUUGUAGAAAUGCAGCAAUCCGUUUUAGUCCACAAGACUUCACGUGCACCUGUCAGGAAUUGUUCCUUCUCUUUCUCCUUGUUUUGGAUGAGUUGAUAUAUUGUUCUGACAGAAUCACAUUCUUUCACAUUUGGAUACAGCCAAAAUCUUCGCACUGCAGUAUAAAUACAGGAGCUUUCCUAUGACACCAGCAUCAUCACUCUGAAUCUUCUGAAGCCAUGCAGCUCUUCAGACUCAGCGCAACAAUGUUGGUUGCAGCAGUUUGCCUUUUCAUGGCAUCAGGGGUUUCCACAGAAACAGUCACAACCUGUGUCGACUUUGACGAUGUCGUCCAUCGUCUGGAAUGCGAGAAGGGAGUGAUCAGUGUGGAGUCAGCCCUGUAUGGACGUGCAAACAGUUUCAUCUGUCAUGAAGGCAAACCCACACACCAAACCAGCGACACAAACUGCCACCAAAGUGGAGCUGAGAAUUUUGUCAAAAGCAGGUGCAACAACAAGACGUUUUGUGAGAUCAACAGAGUCGAUGUUAGCUCAGAGGAUCCCUGCUAUGGAACAUACAAAUAUCUACAGACCAACUUCACCUGCAUCCAUACAAAAACCACUCACCUCUUUGCAUGCCAGGAGUCUUAUGCCCAUUUGAAGUGCGAUUAUGGGAUGGAUAUAUAUGUUCUGAGUGCCAACUAUGGGCGUAAUAAUCAUACCAUCUGCUCUGCCAACCGAACUCCCUCUCAGAUUGAAGAUGUCACCUGCUCCAACCCCACCCCAAUAGUUGCUCAAAGAUGUAAUGGGAGAAACAGCUGCACCAUCAGAGCAAGCAACUCAGUGUUUGGAGCCCCUUGUGACGGCACAUACAAGUAUCUUGACCUGACUUAUGCUUGUCAGUAUCCUACCCAUUGUUGAUGUUGGUACUACUCCAUUCUGACAAGUUACAACAAUCAUUUAUUCCAAAUUUGUGGGCAAAGAGUUAAAUAUUAGUAUAAAUUCAUGGGUUAGAUGCAACACAAAUCUUAUUUUUCUUGUUAAGGUUUCAUUUAGUGUAUUCGUUUCACCAAUAUUUUUUAUAUCUUUUAUGAACAAAAUCAAGACCUUUCUGAAUACUUUUUAGGGCAUUUGAUUUUUUUUUCUUGGGUUAUUUUUUCUUAUAAAAACAUGUAUCAAAUCAUCAUAAGUAAUGGAAAAACUUAAAUAAUCAACACAAAUGUGAGUUCCUGAAUGCCUCAUGAGCAAACUUUGAGUGACAGGAGUCUUUGGAGUACAAAGUGUAACUCUGCUGCUUCAAAACCUCACUGCAACUUAAGUUUAAAAUUCCAUUGUUUGACUUCUUCUUAUGUCAAAUUCAGGAUUGUUUGAAUGAAGAAUAAAGACACAAUUUAAUCAAUGUUUCUGUCAACAGUUUUUGCUG